AUGCCCUGUACCAAUUCGUGCACGCUUAGUACAGCUCACAUUACAAUGCAUUCCUUUGGCAGGCUAUGGAUGCUUCCCAGGUUAUGGUGGUAUCGAUACUGGAGCACAAAUUUCGAGCGAUUGAUGUAUAUUAUGCUCCAGCGCCACUCAUUCGAUACGCAGUUCUUUUGUGAAUUAAGAUAUAAUAGAAUGGACUCGUCAAUCACCGUAUUCCCUCAUGUAUACGCAGUAGAUCAAGCUUGUGCAGUUUUUACUGCGUCGUUCGUACUCAACCAUUUCUUUCUUGAAUCCACAUUCAAAGAAGUAUUUGCUGGUUUAUGGAUUUUGUAUGUUCACAAUACACAAGGUUACAGGACGCAAUGGGUUAUGAUGCGAGAGAAGAUACAAGAAAACCAUACUUUUUCGAGAAGAAUGAACUCAAAAUCUCUGCUGGCAGCUCUGAAAUCUGGGGACUCGGAUCGUGCGAAGACCUUACUGAAGUCUGUCCAUGCAUCACAAUGGCCCAGUGAAAUCCUGCUUCCGUUUGCACUACGUGAAGUGCUUCGGGGUCAUGCUAUCGUCAAUGAGUUGAGCUACGUGGCGAAGUGUUUCAGAUUUUUCUCUCGUUUUCACCGUCUGCACGAACUACAAAGAAACGAUGUAGCCGAGUUGCAUCGACUAGCACUGCUUGCGGAGGUCGUACAUACUAUGAUGUCCAGUGGCUGCGAUGACAUCGACAAACUAAGUGAUUUUGUUAUGCGAAGACAUCAGGAGAUCGUGUGUUUGUAUGGGUCCCGGCGCUAUAACCGGCAGUUCCAGUACCUAAUAGCAGUUUGCCAUCGACGAACCCGUCUACUAGACUUCAAGAAGAGGUCAAGAACUUUGCUCGUUAACAUCCUCAGCAAGCUGCAGAAGCGAGGCCUUAAUUUUGUUGAAUCAUUGAUUACUGUAAUGAUUAGGUGA